AUGGCUGAUCAGCACGAGCGCGCGUUUCAGAAGCAACUCGGGGUGCAGCGAGGGUUCGGUAGCCACACGAAGAAGGGUGAACGCUACUACAAGAAUGUUGGUCUCGGUUUCAAGACCCCGCGCGAAGCGAUCGAAGGGACGUACAUCGACAAGAAGUGCCCGUUCACCGGUAAUGUGUCGAUUCGCGGCCGCAUUUUGACUGGCGUCGUCAAGUCUGCGAAGAUGAACCGCACUAUCGUCAUGCGCAUGGACUACUUGCACUUCAUCAGGAAGUACCAGCGUUACGAAAAGCGCCACACCAACAUCUCCGCGCACCUUUCCCCGUGCUUCCGCUGCAACGAAGGCGACAAGGUUGUCGUCGGCCAGUGCCGCCCGUUGUCCAAGACUGUUCGAUUCAACACGCUCAAGGUCAUCCCGAGCGGGUCGAAGGGUGGCAAGGCUUUCGUUGCGCACUAA